AUUAGAAAGGGAACUUAAUAUGUACAUUCUGGCAAAUGACUCAGUUGACUGGAAUCAAAUUGUCACAUGUGCAGGGAGUUUCUGCUUUCUCAAACCAAAGCUGUGUCAAGAUGGAGCGGAUUGUGUUUUUUAGCGCUUUUUUAUGGCUGUGUUCAUGUGAAGUAAAUGAGCUCCAAUAUGUGUUUGUGCGGCAUGGAAAGGACUUACAUCUGGAUAUAAAGAAAUCUGUUAAACUUGACAAAAAAACUGAUUUGUUCUGGAAAUGUAAUAAAACUAACAAUGUAGCUAAGUAUGGUUUUAAUAUUGAUCCAGUCGUGUUUGACAAAUAUGAAGGAAGGGCUGAGCUCUUUGGACAAAAUUACUCUUUGGUAUUAAAGAAUGUGCAACACAAUGACAGUGGAGAUUAUACUGCAGUUUUGGCUGGCGGACAAGACCAAAAGAUAGCUGAAUACAAGGUCAUAGUCCAAGAUCCAGUGUCUCCAGUUAACCUGACAGUGGACUCUGUGUCUGGCAGCUCAGAGUCCUGUGUCCUUGCUGUGAACUGCAGCACAGUGGAUUCAUCCAUCCACCAUUCUUUUAGAUGUGAUGACAAAAACUGCUCUCAGGUCAAAGAAAAGACAUCCAAACCCCAAAACUAUUCAUCCUCUUUCACUGUCUACCUGCAGCAAGACUUUAUCCUGUGUAAUCACAGCAACCAAGUUAGCUGGGAAUACAGUAAGAUCAAGUUUGACUGCAAGUCAAUUACAGUUCCCAGUAGAGCCACCCUAAUUCAGAUUUCAACUUCAGCUGGUCUCUUUCUCUUGUCUGUCUUCAUUGCCCUUUGCAUUGUCACAAAAUGAAAUCAACCCGGACAAAUAUUGCAAUCAGAUUCUCUCAGGAGUGCCCUGACGGAUGAUGGAUGAGCUCCCACAAAACAAAAUCUAUUGUUUUUGUUUUGUUUUGUUUUGUUGGGGGGGAGGUGGGUGGGUCUUUGUGUCUUUUUAAUCUCCGUGUCUGUAGAUUCUUUCUUAGAUAUCUAUAAAAUAAUUAUAGCUUUGUCAUAAGCACUGGGAUGUUGAUAGACACAUUAGAUAGCAAGAAAGGAGGAGGGCAGGAAAACUGGCAAGAAAGCCAAUGCAUGAAGGAAUGAAAUAGUGAGCUCAUGCAUCAGAUAUGUUACACAAUUUUUUGGAUUUCAUGCCAUUUUUUACUUGUAUUUUCAAAUGUCAGCUUAAAGUCGAACCAAUAACUAUAUUUUGCAGAUCAUAAAAAUUCAUAUUUAAAAGGUUAUAACUGACUGUAAAGAAUGCCAAAAUCAACCAGGUCUCUCUGUUACAGAUGUGAACCUUAAUGGAGAAAUAGUGUCACGACCAAAUAUAGGUCAAAACUGGUGUCUGCUGAUUUUGCCACCUGAUUUUAUAUAUUGGAUGUAGAACUCCCAUUGGCAAUUCAAAUGAGGCUCACCAGUUGGGAAUGUGGCUGUUAUGCAAGAUGAAUAUGUGCUGUGUUGUGGCAGGCAUUUUUUUUUUUUGACUGAUAGUAAUUUCAUAGUAAUUUAAGUAGUUUCCAGCUCAUACUGUGCAAAAAUUUUGACCCACCCCUAAUUUCUUAAUAUUCUGCCAUGGGAAAUAAUGGUAACAACCAUGCCACCGUGCAGCCUAUGUAAUAGCACAACAAUUACAUAUGUAAAGCUAUUACUUUCCAAGUUAUCACUAAUAACUGUUCUUGAAAAGGUUACAGUUCUAACAAAUGUAUUAAAUCAACAACAGUAUAUUUUAGCUUCAAAGUAAAUGUACUAUAAGUACACUCUUCUAUCAUUUAUGAGGCAAUUACAGUGGACUGAGGUGAAUUUCAUGUACAGUCUGAAAAAAAAACCUUUUUAAACUUAUUCUGUGGUUACAUGCACUAAAGAAAUUAUCCUGUCACCACACGUUUACCACACAAUUUAUUAAAUACACCUUGGACAUUUCUGUGUUGGACCCCUUUGUCUCAGUUCUUAGAAUCAUCAAACCAGGGAAUGAUUUUUAAUCUUUUUGGUGAGCACAUGCAAAUUGUAGCCUCUGUUUCCUGUUCUUAGCUGACAGGAAGGGCAUACAGUGUAGUCUGCAGCUGCAAGCCAAGUUUUGAUGUGUUGUGUGUUCAGACAUGCUCUUUUGCACAUCUUGGUCAUAAAGGAUGGUUAUUUCACUUACUAGUCUAGUCAAACUGUUCAAAGUUAUGUAGAAAUCUUAGUAGAUCAUCAGUUUAUGAAGUGCUCAGACCAGCCUGUCUGGCACCAAUAACCAUGCCAUGCUCAGUGUCACUUAUAACACCUUUAUUUCCCUUUCUGGUGCACAGUUUGAACUUCACAAGGUUGCCAUGACACUGGCUACAUGCCUGAAUGUAUUGAGUUGCUCUCCUAUAAUCGGCUCAUUAGAUAAUCUUCUUAAGCUGAACAAGUAUAAAAUAUUUUUUCUGACAUUUUUGUCUUGUAAAUGUACCUUUUUUUUUCAUAAUCCACACAAUUUCGAGUUUUUGCUUUAAGUAAUCUGAAUACUUUUAAAAUCUUUUAUCAUGCCUAUGGGGAUCGAUUCGUUUUGGAGCAAAUUUCACCUUAGUCUAUAUUUUAAUUAACAAACAUGAAACUGUGUAAGUGAAGCAGACUACUGUUGAUCCGAAUUAAACUCAACAUUUCCAAUAUCAGGUUUAACAUUUUGGUAGAUAGAAACAUUUCAUUUAUUAAGAGGUUUUACUUUAAAACAUUUAUACAGUAGGAAUACAAUGUGAAAAACAAAAAAGAGAAAAUGAAAGAGAACGCUCAGAAGAGACGAGAGUCAUUCUUUGUAUUUAUGUCACUGUUGUUACAUUGAGGUUUUAGUUUGGGGACAACCCACACAGGCUGUGUGCAUCACUACUGAAAAUCUUCAAUGAGGAAGCUUGCACUUCCUGAUUUUCAAAGCAGGUGUCAAGAUGGCACGUAUUUUAUUUUGGGGAGUUCUUUUGCUGCUUUCAUUUGAAAUACAAGGGCUCCAACAUGUGUUUCUCCUCCGUGGAAAGGACUUACACCUGGAUAUAAAUAAAUCUGUUGUACUAGACAAAAAAACUGAUUUGUUCUGGAAAUUUAAUGAAACUAACAAUGUAGCUAAAUGUGGUUUUAAUAAUGAUCCAAUAGUGUAUGACAAAUAUGAAGGAAGGGCUGAGCUUUUUGGACAAAAUUACUCUUUGGUAUUAAAGAAUGUAAAAAGCAACGACACUGGAGAUUAUACUGCAGUUUUAACUGGUGCACAAGACCUAAGGGUAGCUGAAUAUAAGGUCAUAGUCCAAGAUCCAGUGUCUCCAGCUAACCUGAGAGUGGUCUCUGUGCCCAGCUCAGACUCUUGUAACCUGACUGUGACCUGCAGCACAGUGGAUUCUCAAAUCAGCAAGACUUUUAGAUGUGAUACCCAGAACUGCUCUCAGGUGGAUGAAAAUAGUUUGAAGAAGACAAAUGAUUAUUCGUCUUUAAUUGUCUACCUGCACAGAGACCUCAUCAUCUGUAAUCACAGCAACAACGUGAGCUGGAAACAGAGUACAAUGAAUAAUCCCUACUGUGAGAAAAAGACAGUUUCCAGUGCACCCAUCAUUAUCGCAGCUGCUUGUGGCCUCUGUGUUUUCAUUUUCAUCAUUAUUUUCAUCAUUUGCAUUGUCAGAAAAUGUAAAAGAAGGAACCAGGAAAAUCAACUGUAUGAGGCUGCUCAAGAAUACCCUCCAGGCCAAACUCGAAAUGAGAAUGUUCCAGGAGAUGCCUCGAGUCUUUCUCCAACAUCUACUUAUGCCCUGGUGGAGUUUCACCCUAAAACUGAAUCCACUAAGUCCAAAAAAAAUCCACAGCCAGAGACGGUGUAUGCUCAGGUUACCAGAGCUACCAGGCCCAGAGGCACUGCCCAACAAACCGAGCUGGAGAACAUCAGUAGUACAAAUUCACAAGGCUAAACACAUAUGAACUCUGAACACUUGAACCCUGUUUCAGCUCAGGUUUUCUAAAAUGUUGGAUCAACUUUGUCACCUGUUUAAAACACAAAUGAACUGAAUAUUUCCUUAAUGUUUUCAAACAGUAUCCCUUUUUUGUAGUAAUAUUUUUGUGUUUUAGAUGGUGAUGGCUUACCGUGAAGUUCACUAUUUUGUUUAUAGAGCUAUAAAUCUUUUUUUCUUGUUUUUUGCAGCCUUCCUGAAUAAUAUAGUGCACGUAAUCUUUAUCAAUAAUUAUUGUUAUUCUUUAUAUGUAUUGCAGGCUAUAAAGAAUACUUAAAGUUAA